CAUUAUUAGCUCUCGGCUGCCUCUGUAAUCCGUUUGUGCUCCCGCAACACCUUCUCUUCGGAGGCCUAUUGACGAUCAGUCAUGGUUUUUGUCAAAGCCCAGAAGUCAAGAUCCUACUUCAAAAGGUUUCAAGUAAAGUUCAAGAGAAGGCGACAGGGAAAGACUGAUUAUCGUGCAAGAAUUCGUCUGAUUAACCAAGACAAAAAUAAGUACAACACUCCAAAAUAUCGUUAUGUUGUGCGAUUUACUAACAAGGAUAUCAUUGCACAAAUUGUAUCUGCAAGCAUUGCUGGGGAUAUGAUUCUUGCAUCAGCAUAUGCUCAUGAGCUGCCUCACUACGGUCUUAAAGUUGGGCUCACAAAUUAUGCUGCAGCCUACUGUACUGGACUUUUAUUGGCUCGCCGUGUUUUGAAGAAGCUUGAGAUGGACGAGGAGUAUGAGGGAAAUCUUGAGGCUACUGGGGAAGAUUACUCUGUUGAGCCUGCAGACAGCAGGAGGCCUUUUAGGGCUCUUCUGGAUGUUGGUCUUAUCAGAACCACCACUGGAAAUCGUGUUUUUGGUGCUCUCAAGGGAGCUUUGGAUGGUGGACUUGACAUCCCGCACAGUGAAAAGAGGUUUGCUGGAUUCAGCAAGGAUGGUAAGCAACUUGAUGCUGAUGUACACCGCAAGUACAUUUAUGGUGGCCAUGUUGCUUCCUACAUGAGGACUUUGAUGGAAGAUGAACCAGAAAAGUAUCAGUCUCACUUCUCUGAAUACAUUAAAGCUGGAGUUGACCCAGAAAACAUUGAAGAGCUGUACAAGAAGGUACAUUCAGCCAUUCGUGCUGAUCCAACUCCAAAGAAGUUGGAGAAGCAGCCUCCAAAGGAGCACAAGAGGUUCAACCUGAAGAAGCUAACGUAUGAUGAGAGGAAGCAGAAGCUUAUUGAGAGGUUGAAUGCUCUGAAUGCGGCAGCUGGUGGCGGAGAUGAUGACAGCGAGGAAGAUGAUGAAUGAAAACAUGUUUGAUUUUGAAUUAUUGGAAAAGAAAGUUGAAAACACUUCAGUUUUGCAUGCUUUGAUGAAUUUUUUAGAAUGAGGGUGGAGAUAUUUGGAGACAUAGUGAAUUAUCAUCAAUAUAAUGUUGGGAUUGCCUUAUAAUUUUCUUUUUUGGGGAUGAUGCUGUCUUUUUUUGGUUUCAAGAAAUUAUCAUCAUCUGCUAAGUUUACAGUUUAGAUU